CCCGGGGCUCCAGCUGCACGCGGGGAGCUGCGGCUGCUCUGGCAAAGGGGCCGCGGCUGCUUUAAGAGCCGCCUCCCCCUCUCCUCGUUUGACAAUGGUCUGAACCGAGCUCUGCUUCCCAAAGCAAAAUUUGUAAUAUGCCAUUUUUCCGAUGGACGCUUCUCCUUUUGGCUGCUGACGGAGCCACGGGAAGAUGCCGAGCUCCUGCCACGCCACCGGGCCGGGGCACGUUCCGGGAGGGCGCCGGGGCACGCGUGUGUCUGAGCUGCCUUUCUCCUCCCGUUGCUAGGGAAAUGGUCCAGGAGUGCUGGGUGUGAGCCUCCCUUCUCCUCAAGCCGGAGACUGCGGUUGUCAUUGAUCAAUUGAAGAAGCAAGGACCCGAAAUCACAGACAUUAGCAAUGAUGUGUGAAGUGAUGCCCACGAUUAAUGAGGACACCCCAAUGAGCCAAAGGGGGUCCCAAAGCAGUGGCUCGGACUCAGACUCCCAUUUUGAGCAGCUGAUGGUGAAUAUGCUAGAUGAAAGGGAUCGUCUUCUAGACACCCUUCGGGAGACCCAGGAAAGCCUCUCACUUGCCCAGCAGAGACUUCAGGAUGUCAUCUAUGACCGAGACUCACUCCAGAGACAGCUCAAUUCAGCCCUGCCACAGGAUAUCGAAUCCUUAACAGGAGGGCUGGCUGGUUCUAAGGGGGCUGAUCCACCGGAAUUUGCUGCACUGACAAAAGAAUUAAAUGCCUGCAGGGAACAACUUCUAGAAAAGGAAGAAGAAAUCUCUGAACUCAAAGCUGAAAGAAACAACACAAGACUAUUACUGGAGCAUUUGGAGUGCCUUGUGUCACGACAUGAAAGGUCACUAAGAAUGACGGUGGUAAAACGGCAAGCCCAGUCUCCCUCAGGAGUAUCCAGUGAAGUUGAAGUUCUCAAGGCACUGAAAUCUUUGUUUGAGCACCACAAGGCCUUGGAUGAAAAGGUAAGGGAGCGACUGAGGGUUUCUUUAGAAAGAGUCUCUGCACUGGAAGAAGAACUAGCUGCUGCUAAUCAGGAGAUUGUUGCCUUGCGUGAACAAAAUGUUCAUAUACAAAGAAAAAUGGCAUCAAGCGAGGGAUCCACAGAAUCAGAACAUCUUGAAGCGAUGGAACCUGGACAGAAAGUCCAUGAGAAGCGUUUGUCCAAUGGUUCUAUAGACUCAACCGAUGAAACUAGUCAAAUAGUUGAACUACAAGAAUUGCUUGAAAAGCAAAACUAUGAAAUGGCCCAGAUGAAAGAACGUUUAGCAGCCCUUUCUUCCCGAGUGGGAGAGGUGGAACAGGAAGCAGAGACGGCAAGAAAGGAUCUCAUUAAAACAGAAGAAAUGAACACCAAGUAUCAAAGGGACAUUAGGGAGGCCAUGGCACAAAAGGAAGAUAUGGAAGAAAGAAUUACAACCCUUGAAAAGCGUUACCUCAGUGCUCAGAGAGAAUCUACCUCCAUACAUGACAUGAAUGAUAAACUAGAAAAUGAGUUAGCAAAUAAAGAAGCUAUCCUACGGCAGAUGGAAGAGAAAAACAGACAGUUACAAGAACGUCUUGAGCUAGCUGAACAAAAGUUGCAGCAGACCAUGAGGAAGGCUGAAACCUUGCCUGAAGUAGAGGCUGAACUGGCUCAGAGAAUUGCAGCCCUAACCAAGGCUGAAGAGAGACAUGGAAAUAUUGAAGAACGUAUGAGACAUCUAGAGGGCCAACUUGAAGAGAAAAAUCAAGAACUUCAAAGAGCUAGGCAAAGAGAGAAAAUGAAUGAGGAGCAUAACAAGAGAUUAUCGGAUACUGUUGAUAGACUUCUGACUGAAUCCAAUGAACGCCUACAACUACACUUAAAGGAAAGAAUGGCUGCUCUAGAAGAAAAGAAUGUUUUAAUUCAAGAAUCAGAAACUUUCAGAAAGAAUCUUGAAGAAUCUUUACAUGAUAAGGAAAGAUUAGCAGAAGAAAUUGAAAAGCUGAGAUCUGAACUUGACCAACUGAAAAUGAGAACUGGCUCUUUAAUUGAACCCACAAUAUCAAGAACUCAUCUAGACACCUCAGCUGAGUUGCGGUAUUCAGUGGGAUCUCUAGUGGACAGCCAGUCUGAUUACAGAACAACUAAAGUAAUAAGAAGACCAAGGAGAGGCCGCAUGGGUGUGCGAAGAGAUGAGCCAAAGGUGAAAUCUCUUGGGGAUCAUGAGUGGAACAGAACUCAACAGAUUGGAGUACUAAGCAGCCACCCUUUUGAAAGUGACACUGAAAUGUCUGAUAUUGAUGAUGAUGACAGAGAAACAAUUUUUAGCUCAAUGGAUCUUCUCUCUCCAAGUGGUCAUUCCGAUGCCCAGACUCUAGCCAUGAUGCUUCAGGAGCAACUAGAUGCCAUCAACAAAGAAAUCAGGCUAAUUCAGGAAGAAAAAGAAUCUACAGAGUUGCGUGCUGAAGAAAUUGAGAAUAGAGUGGCUAGUGUGAGCCUCGAAGGCCUGAAUUUGGCGAGGGUCCACCCAGGUACCUCCAUCACUGCCUCUGUUACAGCUUCAUCGCUGGCCAGUUCAUCUCCCCCCAGUGGACACUCAACGCCAAAGCUCACCCCUCGAAGCCCUGCCAGGGAAAUGGAUCGGAUGGGAGUCAUGACACUGCCAAGUGAUCUAAGGAAACAUCGGAGAAAGAUUGCAGUUGUGGAAGAAGAUGGUCGAGAGGACAAAGCAACAAUUAAAUGUGAAACUUCUCCUCCUCCUACCCCUAGAGCCAUCAGAAUGACUCACACUCUCCCUUCCUCCUACCACAAUGAUGCUCGAAGUAGUUUAUCUGUUUCUCUUGAGCCAGAAAGCCUUGGACUUGGUAGUGCCAACAGCAGCCAAGAUUCUCUUCACAAAGCCCCCAAGAAGAAAGGAAUCAAGUCUUCAAUAGGACGUUUGUUUGGUAAAAAAGAAAAAGCUCGACUUGGGCAGCUCCGAGGCUUUAUGGAGACUGAAGCUGCAGCUCAGGAGUCCCUGGGGUUAGGCAAACUCGGAACUCAAGCUGAGAAGGAUCGAAGACUGAAGAAAAACACAUCUGGGCAUGAACUUCUUGAAGAAGCUCGGAGAAAGGGAUUACCUUUUGCCCAGUGGGAUGGGCCAACUGUGGUCGCGUGGCUAGAGCUUUGGUUGGGAAUGCCUGCAUGGUACGUUGCAGCCUGCCGAGCCAACGUGAAGAGUGGUGCCAUCAUGUCUGCUUUAUCUGACACUGAGAUCCAGAGAGAAAUUGGAAUCAGCAAUCCACUGCAUCGCUUAAAACUCCGAUUAGCAAUCCAGGAGAUGGUUUCCCUAACAAGUCCUUCCGCUCCUCCAACAUCUCGAACUCCUUCAGGCAACGUUUGGGUGACUCAUGAAGAAAUGGAAAAUCUUGCAGCUCCAGCAAAAACGAAAGAAUCUGAGGAAGGAAGCUGGGCCCAGUGUCCGGUUUUUCUACAGACCCUGGCUUAUGGAGAUAUGAACCAUGAGUGGAUUGGAAAUGAAUGGCUUCCCAGCUUGGGGUUACCUCAGUACAGAAGUUACUUUAUGGAAUGCUUGGUAGAUGCAAGAAUGUUAGAUCACCUAACAAAAAAAGAUCUCCGUGUCCAUUUAAAAAUGGUGGAUAGUUUCCAUCGAAAGAAGCAAUACUGUGUUGGAUAACUGUGAGGAUGCAGAUGAACAACAGGCAAUGUCUUUUUCCAAGUUGUUUACCAUCCAGCAGAUAAAAAGGGAUUUGUUGCUAUACUGUAUCAUAAAUGCUGUGUUUAUGUUAGGUGAAACAAUGUCAGCUGGAUUUUGGUUGUUUUUUUUUCACAUAUAGUUGAUUGUGGCGAUAAGUUAAUAAAUAUAACCAUAGAUGAUUUUGGCUUGAGAGACUGUAUUUACUUCUCUCCUGCCCAACAUUUAAUCAGUGACUGAAGAUGGUAUAAAAAUUAGAUAUGUUGAUGACAUAAAAUUAGGAUAAAUAGAGGAUAAUUGGGGCUUUUGAUUCCAACUUAUGGAGAUAUUUUGAAUUUUAAUGCAGUUGUUGACACUGUUGAAUUAAAUGUGGUGAAGAUAAAUAUAACGGUGUUUUUUAAAAACCUAUUAAAGUGCUGGAUGGAGAAUCCAUAAUUUAACAGAAACUUGUGUGAAAAAGAUAAGGAAUGUAUCAUUAGCACGAAACUCUCCAUUUUGGUUAAUGGCUUGACAAGGCAUGUUUAGACUGUGUUUAUUGGCAGGGACCACAAAAGUGCUACCAUAUGGUGACAUAACAAAAGUAAAUUGCAUUUAUUUAUGGGCAUCAAAUUGUUGUAAGGUGGUAGAAGUCCGAUGAUAAAGUUGAAGUAGUUAAAUACAUUUAAAUUGGAUGAAGGAAGAUUUUAAAUAAGUUUUCUUAUGUUUUAAGAUCAUUAUUAUGUGAUAGAAGAAUUAUAUUUUCUCUGUUGAGUGUGUGAUUUUUAGUUAACACAGGUGUAGAUACUAGGGUGAGUGACUUCUACUUACUAGAAGAAACAACUUGGUACCACUCUCAGCUGCCUUGUAGUGUAUACAUUGUGAGGUAGUGAGUGAGCUCCCUGUCAUGGGCAGUUUAGGGCUUCAUAUUUCAUAUGGUUGCAUUAGAUUUUGGGGGUCCAGUUUUUCCAUUCUUCACUAGAUUGACUUUUAAUGCUGUUUUAUUACUUUAGUAAAAUGUUUUCUAUAAUGAUCAAAUUUAAAAAAAAAUACUCAGAUGACUUGCUUUUUGUCUGUUCUGGGAAAUACCCAAGCUUCAUUUUUAAGUUAUGCUAAUCUCUGACUUAAAGCAAGUAGUACCUGACUGUAUAUUUCAUCCCAUGGUCUUUUGGGCCCAGUUUUCCGUCUGACAGACAUUUUCAUAAUAUUAUAUAUCCUCUGUAUAGUAUGAUUUUGUUAUUCCAUAUCAAAACUUGGCAGAAACUGACCAAGAUGCAUUGGUUUAAUCUCAAGCUGCCCAAUAUCUGUGAUAGUGAUUAUGUCAGUAUUAUCUAGUAUACCACUGAAUUAGUUUGCUAGGGAUGCCACAACAAAAGACCACAACGGGUGGCAUAAACAACAGAAAUUCAUUUUUUCACAGUUUUGGAGGCUAGAAGUUCAAGAUCAAGGAAUCAGCAGGUCUGGUUUCUUCUGAGGCCUCUCUCCUGGACUUGCUGAUGGUCACCUUCUCUUGGUGUCCUCACAUAAGCCUUUCUCUGUGAAUUUAUAUUCCUGUUGUCCCCAAGUGUCCAAAUGUUUUUUUAAUAAGGUCAGCAGUCAGUUUGGAUUAAGGCCCACCCUAAUGGUCUCAUUUAACUCAAUUACCUCUUUAAGGACACUGUAUGCAAAUGUAAUCACAUUCUGAAUUACUGAGAAUUCGAGCUUCCACAUGUAAAUUUUAGGGGAACACAAUUCAACCGACAACACUUGCCUAAUGAAAUUUUCUUUCCAUUUUUCUUUGAUUCUGAAAUAUUUGACUCAAUAUUGUUUUUAUUAAAAUGCAGGGCUUAGAAAUGCAUCUAACAAGUAAGUGUAGCCUGACCAAUGUGUAUGUCUAAAUUUGCUUAUAUUCCUAAAUGUAAAGUAUCACUGAUAAUCAAUGAUCUUUACUCUUGAAGUCUACAGAUUAUUUUUGCCUAUCACAUCUUCUGCAUCUUUAUAUCUAAUGUCACUGAGCCUUCUCAUUUUCUCUCUCAUAACAUCUCUGGAUUAUCGAUUUUCCUUUCAAGUUUAUGACUGUUGUCCUUAUUUUAGCAGAACUGAACCCUGAAUUGAUUUUUCUGUCUCCUCUGAUUACUUAUUUUCCCAUCUCCUGUUUUGCUAUGAGAUUAUUUUUCCUUAAACAGAAAACUUAUUUUAUUUAUUUAUUAUUUGUUUGUUUGUUUA